UACCCAUACCCAUAACCAUACACACACACAUAUUCACGCACACAGCAUUUGUUUUGGUGAUUGGCAGCUUUUAAGAUACAUUUUGCAUUUGCUUAUCAUAAGGGUUAAGGAUAACGCUAACGCUUUAAGGCUUGUCAGAGGCAAACCGCAGUAGUACAGGAUGGAGCGACGCGGACGCAUACCGGUGGCCAAGUUCCGCACCCAGGAGGCCAAGGCACGCAGCAGAAGUCGCGUUCGGGAGCCGGACUACAAUGAGCAGGACCCCGAGCAUGAUAUGUUCACCCUGCUGGAGGAUAACAUUGCCCUGAAGGAGGAGAACAAGGGGCUCAAGCUGGAGAUUGAGACACAUAAAACGACACAGGAGGAACAGCAGUCACAGCACGAGAAGCUGUGCAUCCAGCUGGAGGCACUGCAGCAGCAGCAGGCUAACUUCGAGACCCAAAUCAAGGAGCUGGGCGGCAAAUUCAGCAAGGCCCUGAACGAGCGGAAUGCCCUGGACAAGCUGCACAAAAUGAAGGUCGAUCAAAUAAGCAAUCUCACCAGCGAAUUGGAGCACAUGCGGGAGCGGCAGCAAGAGCAGGAGACCGGUCCGGCCCCCCAGCUGGUCCUGGGCUCGGCGGAGCUCAAGCGAAAGUUGUUCAAGAUCGUGCAGCAGGGCAGCACCGACAGCGGCGACAGCAUAGGACAUCAUGAUUUGGACAGCCUGGUGGAUGUAAAUGCGGAUGGUGUGCCCAUAACCAGCGGCCUGGUGGAGCGCCUGGCCGACGAGUUCCUGUCACUCAAGAAUGCCACAAAUGCCGUGGAGCUGCAGCUGUACGAGGCCAAUGAGAAGAUGGCCGAAUUGUUGGAGCAUCAACACUCACUGGAGGAGGAGAACGAAACGCUGCGCUCGGAGAACAGCAAUCUGACCAAGGUGGCCAAGCUGCUCACGGAGAACAUGAAGGAGAGCGUGGAGACCAGUCAGAAAAUGGAGAGUGCUCUGAUCAAGCUGAAGCAGCGCAACGAUGAACUCACUGCCAAGGCACGCGAUCUGACUGAUGGACAGCCCGCAGCCUCACCCACAACACUGAAGGAGGAGCAGGCGGAAUUCGAGCAGAUCAAGGAUCAGGUGCAGCAACAGGCGCGCGAACAUAACGAGCGCAUUGUGGAAAUGCAAUGUCUAAUGGAUGCGGCUAUAGCAAAAACUACUAACGAUGAACUAAAAAAAUUACAACUUAAGUUGGAGAUACUCGAGGAGCAGCUGCGCGACGCUCUCACGCGUGCCGAUCACGCCGAAGAGCAGCUGGCACACUAUCACCAAUCGGAGGCAAAGACAACGGCAACGGGAACGGCUCCAGUGCCGCCACCAGCUGCUCCACCAAUGCCACCACCUCCGCCACCGCCUAUGCCUGGUAAACUGUUGUUCACGGCACAGACGAGGGCCGGACUGGGACUGGGUGGAGAUGGUGGUGAUGCGGGAAGCUUCAGCGAUCACAUUGUUGGCCACAAUCUGCGCAGGGGCAGCGAUAAGAUAAUAGAUAACGUCAAGCAUCAGGUACAGGCCGAGGCAGCAACAGGUCUUGACGCUUUAAUGCGGGAGUUCAAGUCGGGAGGCGUUACACUUCGGCGACGCAAUCGCCGCCGGACUGGCACCAGCGAGGCCCUCAAGGAGAUGUUCCAAGUACUGGAGAUAAGUCAGAAGCAGAACCGCAACUCCAAGAUAUGCGUGGAUCUGAAUUCACCCAUCUGAUUAGCUCACAAAGGAGUUCCAUGCUCUCUAACUCACUCUGUCUGUCUAUUGGACUUUGGUCUCAAAUCUCUCCUCUCAGGACUCUGCUGUCUGUCCCGGAACAACAACGAACAUUCCAUGCAUUUCAAUGUCCCUUCCAAUAACCCUCCGACCCAAACCUCGUCUAAUACUGUAUUAUUUGAUAUAUUGUGUGCCUUUUUCGGAAUGAAAUCAAAAGCCAUUUUACCCUCUAAUAAGCUUAAGACUUUUCCUUUUCAGGAUCUAUUUAAUCUGGUAGCUAUACCAUAAAUUAUUUAUAUAUUGUUAUUGGCAUUUUGACAAACAACUUUAUCCGCCCCCUCGACAAUGUGUUCAAUUUAACAGGUUUGGCGCUUUUUACUAAUCUUAACAACCCCAACGAUUUAUACAUGUUCUGAAUAAACUUUUAUUUUUUAACAAAU